GCCUCUGCUCUCUCAUGCACGACCGCUUCGCCCUCCUGUGACUCUACGCCCUUGAUCUACCUGACCGAUGGAACCCUCAACGCCUUCCUCCAAGUUUCGUAGCUUUGACAUCCCCAAGCCUGAGGAGACCGGUCUGGCGGAGUGGACGAGUCGGAUCAAGGCCCUCCAGCGGCAGGUCGACGCAGACGAAGAGGCCGAGCAGAAGCGCUUGGAGGCAGAAAUUCAGGCGUCGAGAAUCGCUCGCAUGCGCCGAAGCCAUGGUGUAGGAAGCCGGAAUAACAGUCUCGAUCUCUCUCAGCACAAGGAGUUUGCGGGUGCUCUCAAGGAUGAUCGCUCCCCGACGUCUAGCAAACCUCCUGAUGCCACAGAUCGUGUCAAGACUCAGGAGGACGCACUGCGCAGGCUCACUGGCGCAAGCGCAUCAACACCUCGUCCCAGCACUAAUCGGCCGGAGCCAAUGUCGCUUGCGGCAUUCAUGGGAGGCAGCAAGGCCGCUGGACCCCCACUGAAGAAGCACGCUCCCCAACAGGACGCUCAUGAUCCCACCCAAUUUGAGCAGCGCACUCGAGUUGACGCGCCACAUCCAAUCUUUGGGAAGGGCGGAGUUGCAAUGCCUGGCAUGGUGACGCGACCGAAGUCUGCGCAGAAGGAGGCGCGCACAACCUCUAAGGUGCCCUUCAGCCAGCCUACCGAAUCUCCGCGCUCGCGAACCAUGUCGCAGAAGGUCAGCGAUGCCUCGGAAGCGCGUUCAAUAUCCCCUCAGAAGACGGGAACACGGGAGAGAACCAUGAGCACGCCCACAGGGUCUGUGAGGAAGUCGGUGUCCUUCGAUACCAAGCCACACACCAAGCGGCCACCUUCGCGUCCGACGACACCAUCUCGCGAUAGGGCUGUAUCGCCUCCAGGCAUUCUGGUCAACAGCGGGCGAGCCACCCCGGAUCCCGGACCCCGCCCAUCCUCCCGCUCUUCGAAUGCUCCUCGAUCUAUCACGACUUCUCGCGAAUCCGUUGCUUCAAGCAGGAGUCCACCGCCACCGAUUUCUCCCCCUCUGAGCACUACAUCCUUCACCUCUCGCCAGUCUUUCAGCAGUUCUACCUCCUCUUCGUCGCCGAGAGGGUCGAAUGUCUCCAUUCCCUCGCUCGCGCGCCCUAUACGGCCGGAGCCGCGUACGUCCCAGGGACCCGUCAUACCACCGUCUUCGUCACCAUCUCCGGCCUUCCUGAAGGCGCCUGCGCCCAAGGACCCCACGCCCAGCAUCAGUCGCUUGCAGGGUAGAGGCUUCGUCCAGAACAUGGUAAAGAAGACCUUGCAGCAGGACGCCGCCGACCAGGACAGGCCACGUCCCACGCCAACGAAGAAGUCUUCCGUGCUUGACCGUUGGCAUCCAGAGAACGCCGGCUCCUCCAGCCCUUCUCCCCCUAUCAUCACUCCCAAGCCUGUUGGGGUCCGCAAGUCGUGGACCGCGGAACCUGCGUCGGGCGCAAGGUCCUCUACCUCGCCGGACCCGAACGGCCUGAAGGGGCGCGUGUCGCUCCCGGGACUGGCAGCUGCAGCUAGCGCACCCGCCAGGCAGGACUCCCUGGUCAAGAAGAUGCCUCCAGAGGGCGCGCCCGGCCUCGGGUCCAAGACCACCGUCGCAGUGAUCCGCCCACCGAGCAGGGCAGCGGAGAAGGUCCCGGAGGUCGACGAGAUGGGGUUCAUCGGUGGACAGCAGGCGGGCAAGCCGCUCAUCCAUCCAACGAAAGAUCGGGCGAAGAGACCGAAGAAACGACCGGCCACGUCCGCUUCGGCGGUGAAGGCGGAGCAAACGCCAAGUUCUGCACCUGCUCAAAGCGAACAGACCCCGCAGUCACUGCAGCAGGCCACCCAACAACGUGAGGCACGCCCCAUCAGCCCCGCCGUACCUCCGCCCGCCACGACUGCGCCCCCACCUUCCCAACCGGAGCAAGCCACCACGAGCCCACAGCCCUCCCCAGGCGCCAACGGGAGGCCGAAAAUCACCGACCGGUGGACGGGGCAGGGUGUCAUUGGUGUGAAGGCACCCGCCUCGACGCCAUCGUCGAAGUAUGGUGGACUGUCUACGCCGGAAAACCGACCCAGUAGCGGCAUGGUCGGGAAACGUGCCUUACCUGGCUUGACGGCCGAGAUACCGAAGUCCAUGGACAUACCCGAGACGACGAGCCCGAAGCCUCAGAGCCCGGAGCCGCGCUCGCCAGUGACUUUCCCGACCUCAUCGACAUCGCCAGAGCCGUCGAGGAGUCCGGCGCCUGGGCAACAUCGGCAUACACGGAUACCCAGCACCGGUAACCGUGCCACGGUGAUGGACCUUGCGCAGGUCUUUAACGAGCAGAAGGAGCGCAAGCAGGAGGAGGCACCCAAGGAGGAGCCCAAGCAGCCUUCGCCGCCUUCGCUCGUUGUUGAACCGCCUAAAGUUGACUCGCCGCUCGCUUCGCCGACCUCCCCCAAGCAGGAUGUAUCUCCGGAGAGCACGUCCCCGCGCAUGCGACAUGCGCAUGCGGGCGUUGCAGAGAAGCGGCGCUCACAGUAUGAGGCUGCUAGGCAAUCGUCUGUUAUGACGCUUCCUCCACUGAAGGAGGAGGCAACCCCAGCGCCGACGCCGGUCGGGACGAUGAAGUCGCCGUCUGGGAGUGCAGGACAGAAGAACGACUUCGACAUGAAGGCGUUCAGCGCUCAGGCCGACACGCAAACCAAGGCCUUGCAGGAGCCUGACCUCUUGCAUGUCAACAUCAACGAUGGUCCCUUGCCCAAGAUCAACGCCCAAACACUGCUCCAGCGCCCACCUCGGUUAGACAGGCAGGAGAAGCAGACUAUCUCAGUCGAGGUCCUGCAGAUCUCGGGCAACAACGCCACCGCGGUGCCCGAUGCGUCGGCGAACAUCUUCUACGACAACGAGGUACUCGCCAUCAUCCAUCGGCACAAGUCGAAGAAGAGCGGGUUGGUGGAUACGACAGUUUGGGGUUGGAAGGGUGCGAAGAGCGAACUGGGCGAGCGGGAGGAGCAAAAGCUUCAGGAGCUGGCCAAGCGAUAUCAUACGGAGAUUAUCUGGGUUGACCAGUUCGCCGAGCCUAGCGCUCUGGUCGAGGUACUGGGAGGUCAGCUCAGCACGCGACAGGGCUCCCGCACCCUCUGGUCGUCGGAGAACACCGCGAUGCACGUCGUGCGGUCCUACGAAGGCGUCGUAUACAUCGACGAGCUUGACUUCAACGUCAAGAACCUAUGCUCCGGCUUUAGUUAUUGCUUUUCCAUCCUGAAUACCCAAUACGUCUGGCACGGACGUGGUUCUACCGCACAGGAGCGAGAGGCUGCUUUGCAAUACGCAAAGAUUCUCUCCGGGGGAGCGGAGGAUGCUAUCACCCGAUUAACGGAGGGAGAGGAUGACCAGGACGAGAUGUUCUGGGCGAUGCUCGGCGAUGAGGCGUGGGCUAGUGCGGAUUACUGGCAAUGGAGGAAGGAGGCCACGAACAUUGACCCAAGGGUAUGGUUGGUGGAGGAUGGAGCAAGCAAAAUCACUCCUUCUGUGGUAUUGUUGACGCACUCAUCCCUCAAGUCAUCGGUCUUCGUUGUCGACUGCAUCUGGGAAUACUUCGUGGUUGUCGGGCAUGAGGCGCGAGGGAAGCGGAAGGAGAUACGGCAAGCCGUCACUGUCGCCAUGGACCUUGCCACGCUCGUCGCCUCCGAGCGUCCCUUCCACCCUACCGUGCACGUCCUCGUCCUACCAUCACAGCUGCCUCUCGACCUCAAGCUAACCUUCCGCGGACUGGAUGACACGGUGCUGAACGGCGACAGCGUGCCCGACCACAUGAACCUUCUGUCCUCCCAAAAUGCGUUGACACACUUGGGCACGUCGUCGUGGGAUCGUAGGGUUCUGAAGGACACGUCGAUGCUGCCGCUCGGAGUGGAUGCGCAGGUAGUGAACUAACUGGGGCGUGUGAUGAACGGAUAAAUUAUUCGAGGCCAUUUGUACAGUCUUCAUAGUACAAAGAUCUGGGGCACAUCGUGCAGUGCAGAUGAGGAUGCCCGAAUGCGCAGCACCGGGCGGUCCCCCUACGGCCAGCCUAAUGAAAAGGCUACGCCGUGUUGAUCAACUCGCCCAGAUACGUGGUGUAGGUCCACCGAGAGUCCACAUUCAUACGAGUGAUGCUGCGCCGGGUGGCGAGGAGUUGAUGUGUGACGCGCCAUUAAAUACCCUCCUCCCUCUGCGCGAUGCCUGGGUGGCUACUAAACGCGUGUUACAUAGACGCGUAUCUCUAGGCAUUUGAGCUGAAACAGCGGAUGGAGGACUGUAUUACUUUUGUCCGCGCCGUCUCCGGCGGGGUAACUGCUAUAAUCCCGUG